GGCUCCACUUCAGCCUCAAAGCCCCAGCGGGUCGGUCUGGUUUUUCACUCCGUUUACAUGUUUAUUAACGCUGCUUUAACAGCGGGGAAUGUUCCGAGUCGAAGCAGCGAAUCAACGAUGAUUAUUUAAGGGAGCAUUUUACAGUGUCCAGAUGUGCUGGUGUUCAUCUGCUCCAUUCCUCACAGGUUCACCAGGGGUCUGUUGCUCCCAAAGAUGCGGAGACUGUCUCGAAAGAAAGCUCUAAAUUUAGUAAAGGAGCUGGAUGCUUUUCCCAAGGUUCCUGAGAGUUAUGUGGAAACAACAGCUAGUGGUGGAACCGUGUCUCUGAUCGCCUUCACUGCCAUGGCACUGCUGGCCUUCUUUGAGUUUUUUGUCUAUCGGGACACAUGGAUGAAGUAUGAAUAUGAAGUCGAUACAGAUUUUUCUAGUAAAUUAAGAAUAAAUAUAGACAUUACAGUCGCCAUGAGGUGUCAGUUUGUGGGUGCAGACGUCUUGGACCUAGCUGAAACUAUGGUCGCAUCCGAGGGCUUGAAGUAUGAACCGGUUGUGUUUGAGCUGUCUCCUCAACAGAGAUUAUGGCAUAGGACACUUGUGCUGAUUCAGAACAGGCUGCGUGAGGAACACUCACUGCAGGAUGUCCUCUUUAAAAAUGUCAUGAGAGGAGCCCCCACUGCAUUACCCCCGAGAGAGGACAGUCCUACGCAGCCACUUGAUGCGUGCAGAAUACACGGACACCUGUACGUUAAUAAAGUGGCUGGAAACUUCCACAUCACGGUCGGCAAGGCCAUCCCACACCCAAGAGGCCAUGCACACUUAGCCGCACUCGUCAGCCAUGAAACUUACAACUUUUCACACCGAAUAGACCACCUGUCCUUCGGCGAGGAAAUCCCAGGCAUUCUGAACCCGCUGGACGGCACAGAGAAAGUGUGCACAGAUCAUAAUCAGAUGUUUCAGUACUUCAUCACCAUUGUACCAACUAAACUGGAGACCUACCAAGUGACAGCUGAUACACAUCAGUACUCUGUUACAGAACGGGAGCGGGUGAUUAACCAUGCAGCAGGAAGUCACGGCGUCUCUGGAAUUUUUAUGAAGUACGAUCUCAGCUCGCUUAUGGUCCGAAUAACCGAGCAGCACAUGCCACUGUGGCAGUUUCUCAUACGUUUAUGCGGCAUCGUCGGGGGCAUCUUCUCUACAACAGGCAUGGUGCACAACCUGGUUGGUUUCUUAGUAGAUGUCAUCUGCUGUCGCUUUAAACUUGGAGUCUAUAAUCCCAAACAGGUCAGUGUUGCGGACGGCCACGCAAACAGCCGAACGCCUCUACUGUCGGAGAACGGUGGACUCUAGCAGCUCCGUAUCGGUUCCCCUCUACCCGAGGAUCUUCACCACCUGAGACACAAGCACACCACGGGACAAAACUACCAAGCAGCUCGCCAGAGCUCUUAUUAUUGACUUCUCUGGCAAUAUGGUAUUGUGAAGCACCGCCUGCUCCAAGCACAUAACUAUAACUCAGGCUGUAAACAAAAGUAUUGAUUGUCUGCUUUUAUUAGCAACGGGAUGCUUUAGCAUUUCUGUCAUUCUGAUAACAGUGUCAGUCAACAAGAAUCAGCAUCUAUAGGAGCUGUUAUGUUCUGAGAACCUGCUUGUUUUUUUGUAAUUAUGAUUAGUAGUUAUUGUGCUUGUGUGAGGCAGUGCUUUAUUUUUGAAACCAGCCUGAGAGAUGAAACGCCAUGUUUUAGACUGAUUUAUCUUCUGUCCAGCCCUCACUGCAGUAUCAUCCCCUUUUUACCCAGAUUCUUUUGAUAUACUUUUUAAAACCUUUUUUUUUGUAUAAUAGCAAUGCCACUCACAAUGUGAUAUCAUUAGCCACAAGUGAUAAAUUAUAAUUUUGGAAUACAAGUAGGGUAAUUUCAAAAUAAAUUAAUUGAAUCAGAAAACCCUGCAAUGCAAUGAAUGACAGCAGUAUUAUGAUUUCUGCGGAAGUCAAGUCAUGUUCAGCCUUGACUGAGAAUUUAACGUGUGUGAAUAAGAUUAUGUUUUGGAUAUGCUUUUAGCUAUUUUAGCUAAAUAAAUUAUAUAAAGAGGUUGAUUGUGGGACUGGGAUCAGAGGCAGAAGUCUAUAAACUUGAAUUCUCUGUGGUUUGUGCUGUGCGAGGCUGGGGAGGAUUCUCAUGAGUUGAGAAUGCGUUGUGUGUGAGUGUGAACUUAAGUUUUGUGUAUGGUGAUUAGCUGUAGUGGGGAACCCAUGUCUGAAAGAGUCUGUUUUAUCAGCAUAGGUUGAGUGAAAGGUUUUAGACAGAGGAAAAUGUGUGAUGGUAAUCAAUUUUUCAUUGAAGAAUUUUUUUU